UACGAUAAGUAGCGAGAACACCCAGGUCUGAAUUACUAAUUCGACAUCAUGACUAGUGCACAUAGAGCUUCCAUGAACGGUGACAUUUUGCGGGAUUCGCACGAAGAUGCACGCCGGGAAAAUCUAAAAGGAGGCGGCAUUGAUACGCGGCCACGACCAGGUGGUGUAUGCUUUAUGUAUUCAAGGAUCCUGGCUCGUUUCUGGUACGUGAUCUGCCUGCUCGUUUUCCUGACGGUGGGGGCGUAUACAACUUUGUCAUUAACAGCGUACGAGCUCCCGGACUUUUCGAACCCGUCAGAGGGCUUCGAGACGCGCGGUACAGUGAUACAAUCACGUUUAAUUAGUCUCAGUAACCUUAUGGAAGAUGAAGACCAGGUGGUGAGUCUCCCUCCAGCGGUAUACAAUAGCCAACCAAGGAUAAAACGACAGGCCGGAACUGAUGCUGGUGUCCAGUUCUGUUAUUCCAUCGAAUAUUGGGGCGAACUUGUUCCGGUCAUGGUGUUUGAAAAAGUAGACGGUGGAAACACUCUAACAACGUUGGCCAUCAAGUCGGUUUGCACUACCGGGGAACAGCUCGUUACGAACCAUCCCUUGUUCAUGUCGAACUGCCUCUGUGUCGGCAUCUAUACGGACAGAGCCUGCCCCAGCACAUGGUCUUUAGGAAAUUACAUAGCACUGCUCUCCAAUAAGUCAUCGUGUGCGGAUAUAACAGACGAUGAUGUAACAUCUACUAUGAUUAUACUUGAAUACUGCGCACCGUAUUUGCACAACAUAACACGAUUAGAGCUGAGUUCAGCCGCACCCGGUUCGAUUCCCGCUGAAUGUAGUCAACAUGACUUCGCUGCCCAUACCGUGCUGUACUAUCUCCUGCCGGCAGUUUUCACCCAGGAUAUUCUAGACGGCGUGACACCACUAGAGAGUCGAAUCAAUGCCGUGUUUUACCCGAUCGACAGCCAACAGAAAGAUGCACUCGAAACCAUCUAUACAGAGAACAUCAUGCCAGUUUCCUACGAAGAUGGGAUCACAACUGUCAAGGCUGUGAAUUUUUUCAUCAAGUUCAGACUGUUUUCCUCGAACCUCUUUGCAGAUACCCUGUACAUGGGCAUUGGGGUAGGCCUCGUGUUCUUCUUAAUAUGGGUGUACACCGGGUCUUUUUUGGUCACCCUCACGGCACUUUUCAACAUGAUAUUCUCGUUGGUUCUUGGGUAUGUUUUCUACACUGUUGUCUUCGGCAGACCCUUCUUUCCGUUUGGAAACUCCAUGACCGUGAUUUUGGUUAUAGGCGUCGGUGCUGACGACACCUUUGUGUUUAUGGACUUGUGGAAGCAGUCGAGAGCAAAGCUUGGUAUCGAGGACCUGCCACUACUUGUCUAUGAUACGUUACGUCAUGCUUCGGUCACGAUGUUCGUCACAAGUGUAACUACAUCAGCUGCACUCUUUGCGACUGUUGUCAGCCACACCACCGUGGUCAAAUGCUUCGCUGUUUUCGCUGGUACCUCGAUCAUAAUGAAUCUAGUAUUGACCCUUACACUGUUGCCUGCCGUCAUCGUCAUGCAACAUAAAAUUACCUUAUGCUGCUGUCGAUCAAGAAAACAGCGUUCAACAACCACCAAAUCUAAAUGCACGAUAUGUCUGAACAAUAUUUUGUUCAAACCCAUAAGCGUAGUUUUUGAGCGCGUUAUCCCAUUCCUUGUGAGUAAACUUAGAUAUCUAUGGAUAACCCUUUUCACACUGUUGAUGAUAGGUGGUGCUUAUGUGAUAUUCUUUCAACCCGGGUUUCAACUUCCUUCCCAAGCUGACUUUCAGUUCUUCGCAAUCUCUCACCCUUUUGAGCAGUACGAUUUUGUUUACAAAGAUCACUUUUCGUUCAGUGAGGAGGAUACUUAUGAUGCCAAAGGUACCAUCAUUUGGGGCGUCCAGGCUGUAGAUAACGGGAAUCACUGGGAACCUGGCGAUUCUGGAACGUUGAUUCUAGACGAUAGUUUCCAGUUCUACGAGACAGAACACCAAACGUGGAUGCUGAACUUCUGCGCCGAGCUCCGUAACCAAAGCUUUGUCAAUCUGGGUGAACCAGUGAGAUGCUUUAUUGAAAACUUCAAAGACUAUAUGGAAAUGAGCUGUACAAACCCUCGCACUGGAGAAGACGUAUCCCCCUGCUGCAAUCAAUUUGAUUUCCCGUAUGAUCCCGCCCUCUUUGACCUUUGCCUUUAUGCGUUCGCAACAGAGGACCUUUUCCCGGAUCUUUUCUUUGAGAGAAACAACUCGAGACUUGUGGUUAUCAAUGUCACAUUCACCACAACAUUUUCUAAAAGUAAUCUGUACUCAUCAAAUGAUGAAUUCUGGAAGUCUGUUAAUCCUUGGAUGGAAGAGAAGAUCAGUUCAGCCCCGGAUCCAUUACACAAUGGCUGGUUUAUUUCCGGAUUCAACAAUGGACUUAAGUUCUACGAUCUUCAGCAGAGUCUUGCCUCCGGAACUAAAAUCUCUAUGGUCAUUACGCUGGCGAUAGCAUCCGGAGUCCUACUCCUAGUCAUUCAGAAUGUAUUAAUAACAAUUUGUGCUAUGGUUACAAUAACAAGUGCUGUUUUGGUAACAGUAGCUAGCCUUGUUCUUCUUGGAUGGGAAUUGAAUAUCAUCGAAGCGACUAUCGUCACGUUGGCCGUUGGGUUAUCGGUUGAUUUCACCAUUCACUACGGUGUGGCAUUCAAGCUCUCUCCUAGCUCGGAUCGUGACCAACGUACUCGCUACUCAUUAACAACCAUGACGGCUGCUAUCACCAUAGCUGCUCUGUCGACCUUCAUAGCAGGGGCCAUAGUGCUGCCAGCUACGGUCGUGGUCUACUAUCAGUUCGGAGUCUUCUUGAUGCUCGUAGUCAGUAUCAGUUGGAGUCAUGGAACUUUCUUCUUCCAAGCCCUUUGCAUCACGAUUGGUCCGCAAGGUCGUUGUGGCGACGUACCUUGCCUGCCAUGUUGUGAAUGCUGCAGGCUGGGCGAGAAGCCAAAGAAGGCUGUCAAACCGGCUCGUUUAUCAACCGUCAUUCAGAGUCAUGAUAACCCACCACUUGCAAGCUUUAUUGUCACUGAGGAGAGAGUUCAGACUUCCAUAGGGCAGAACAACAGAGAUCAAGCUAAUAGUCAGAACCAUCAAGUGCAGAAUGGCGUCUCAGAACGUCGCACUAGCCAUCGCAACGGGUCCGCAAAUCAGGGUUACAACGAUAGCCAUGAGACUCAGGAACAGCGUGACAGAUAUGGUUAUUUGUAUCUUAACCAAAUAACAUUAGACCGCCGGUACCUAACGGGACAGUAGUAUCCAAAGGGGCAAACCACAUACGCCUCUCUUAAUACUUAUGCAUGACGUCAUAAUUCUUACCCAAAAUGAGGCUAUGAUGGG